AUGCGAAAGUUGGAAUGGGACGACAUGGGAGUGAAGGUUGAUGGUCGGCAGCUACACCAUUUGCGCUUUGCUGAUGACAUCGUACUGGUAACACCUAGCAUCAGCCAAGCGGAACGAAUGCUGACCGAAUUCGACGAAACAUGUGGAUGCAUCGGUCUUCAGCUAAAUCUACAAAAGACGAUGUUCAUGCGGAACGGAUGGGUCUCGGAUGCCCCAUUCACGCUCAACGGAACGAACAUAUCCGAAUGCACCAGCUACGUUUAUCUGGGUCGGGAACUGAACAUGAUGAACGACCUGACCCCCGAGCUGGGCAGGAGGAGACGAGCGGCUUGGGGAGCGUACAAGAGCAUCGAGGAUGUAGUGAAGAAGACCAGGAACACCCCGCUCCGUACUCACCUCUUCAACACCACCGCACUUCCUGCUUUGACCUAUGCUUCGGAAACCUGGGCAUUUCGCAAGCAGGAAGAAAACGCGGUGAGCGUCAUUGAACGCGCAAUUGAGAGAGUGAUGCUAGGAGUAUCCCGUUUCACGCAAGUGAGGGACGGGAUUCGAAGUUCCCUCCUACGUCAGCGAUCGAAGAUUAGAGACGCCGCCGCGUUUGCCAAGGAAAGUAAAAUAAGGUGGGCCGGACACGUGAUGCGCUUUGAUGACAACCGUUGGACCAGAGCCGUGAGCGACUGGGUUCCCCGCGAUAUUAAGCGCACUACAGGAAGACCGCCGACCCGAUGGUCAGAUUUCUUCACGAAGUCCUUGAAAGAAAAAUAUGAUGCUCUUCGUGUCCCACGCGAAAGGAGGAACCACUGGGCUACUCUGGCACGCGAUCGGGACAAAUGGAAGAAUUACUGGCGCCCGCCCGACCAGUUCGAAGAUCAACGGGAGUCAAGGUGA